CGACCUCUCGUCGAACCGGGAAGACUUUUAGAGCAUACACGUGCCAAUUCAAUCAGCAUGAGUGCGGAUUGUCACAAUUGUAAGCAAACUAGAGGAAUGAAGAUAAAGCAUGCCGUAUUUGGCUAUGGAAGUCUUAUUUCAACGGAGUCAGCUGCGAAGACGGCCAAAAACUUGACCGACAAUCCUUUUCCAUGCACAAUCAAGGGGAUCGAGCGAGCAUGGAAUAAACACUCCGUAAAGGGAAUGACUGCUAUGGGUGUACAAUGGGCCGAGAAUGGUACUUGUACAGGUGUCUUAUAUCCGGUAUCCGAAAAGGAACUCUCACGCUUUGAUCGUCGCGAAAUCGGUUACGAUCGCCAAGAGAUUCCGAUUGAAAACGUUGAUCGUAUUGACUAUCUCGAUGAGGAGCAUUAUGAUUCGGAAGAACAUGUAUUAUUCCUCCAAGCGGUUGCUGGAAAGCGAGAGGAUGUCCGGAUUUGGGUCUAUGUGCCGAGCAAUCCGUGUCCACCGGAUGAAGACCAUCCGAUUGCACAAACCUAUGUCGACAUCAUAUUACAGGGUUGUCUAGACAUUCAUGUAGACUUCGCUCGUGAAUUUAUUGAAGAGACAAAAGGAUGGAACCCCCAGGAGCUCUUGACUGAUGAAGAUGAUGACAGCGAUGAUGAGGAUAUUGACGACGAGGACGGCGAAGUAGCUGCAAAUCAGGCCUUGUCCGAUGAAAAUACCAGCGACGUCAUUGCCUGGGUCAACGACCGAGACCGUCCAAUCUACAUGCGAGCCGAUACUGACUAUUCACAGAAGGAAGGUCCGCAGCUUGAUCGAUUGUUGCGUCGGCAUCGGCCCGAGUUUCGCCGUCGCAAAAAGCGUGCGUCUGUUCUAAAAAAGCCCAAAGGGCAUCGCAAGCGCCCCGAACUGCAAACAUCCAAUCAAGAUUACUAGACUAGACUAGCACAGUAUGGCACGAUCGAGCUUGUGGAAGCAUUUUGAAAAGCUGUAUUGAGCGCUCGCCGUCAUACUUUACAUUACCCCAUACCAAUAGCUUUGGAGACAACACAACAAUUAACGAUUGGUCGGCACAUUAAAAAGUACAAAGAUGGACACUCCGCUCCAUCUAUUCGAGCCACACGGGUCAGUUUGACCGCAUUAUACAGCGAUGCCAUGUCAAGGAUAAGAGCACCGUUCAGAUCCAG